GGCGGGGGGUUGCUGGUCGUGGUGGCGCCAGCAGCAGCAGCAGCAGCGGCCGUCUUGGUGGUGGAGCUAGUGCGUCGCCGUUGUCGUGGUGCUGCUGCGCCGCCUCUUCCUUGUGUUGCUACGUCCCGGGGUAAACGCGCCUCGCAGGCGGGGUGUGACUGAGUGAGGAGCCGGGGAGGGGGAGAGAGUGAGCCGAUCGCCUGGGCCGCCGCCGCUGCCGCUCAGGAACCUCAGGAACCUCACUCACUGCCCCCAACUUUUCCUCACAGCCGCCGGCGAACGUCUCGACAAAACUUCUUGGGCUUUGAUUGCCAUAGAUGGACUGAUAUCCUCGAUACGAAUGGAACAACACGAGAAUAUCUGCUUGUCGGAUCAUUUGGUGCUUGAAACAAAAUAAAAAUUGUCUUGGAUCGACUCUUUGUGUUGGUUGGAUUUCCUGUGCAGCGUUGGACAUGUUUCUGCCAAAUGAAGUCCAUUCUAGACAAGUGGGAAGAGAUGUGCAUGAGAGAGGACCUAAUGUAGACUCUGCAAAUGGCUCACCUGUGGAGAGACCUUAGGGACCACAACCAGAAAUGCUCUUAGGUAUCAGAGCACAUCAAUAAGAAGCGUGACGCUUGCGGAGGUGCCUGUGGAACACGAGCAUGGCUAUGAGCAAUGGGAAUAGUGACUUCAUGGUUCAGAGCAAUGGCAGUGUCCCAUCAAAUGCUAACGGUAACAGCAUCCCUGCAGCCUGUGAUGGAGACCAGCUCCCCCAACACCUGCCAACCAAGGAGACCUCAAGGACAAAAGUGAGUCAGGGCAGCGGCCUGCUGCCGUUUGACAUGGCCAAGCCGACCGCCCUCUUCCCAGAAAGCACGAUAAAUAACCAAAGACCUGCGCCGCAAUGCUGCCACCAUUGUCCAUACCAUCAUCCGCUGUGUUGUCACGGUAACCAAGCAGACUGCCAUUCCUUGGGGAGUACCACGGUCACCUCUCCAUUGACUCACUCCUGCCUGCAGCCUCGCUCCGACUACCCGACAUCUGUGUGCCAAAGCAAUGCCCAUAGCCAUGCGGCGGGCUGCUGCCACCAGCCCACCUCACCUCUCAUCGAUCACUCUCCGCUUUGUCUUCAUCAUCGCUGGCCCAACCACUUCCAGCACCAGCCACUGCAGCAGCAACACAUCCCCAUCAUCAGACCUCCGAGACCCUUCCGAUUUCCUCGAAGCUACGCGGCUCUGAUCGCAGACUGGCCGGUGGUGGUGCUGGGCUUCUGCACGGUGCUGAUAGUGAUAUGUGCCUUGGUCGGGAUCCUGGUGCCAGAUCUUCCAGACUUCUCUGACCCACUGCUGGGGUUUGAGCCCAGAGGAACGGCAAUUGGCCAGAGAUUGAUCACCUGGAAUAACAUGGUGAAAAACACAGGAUAUCAAGCAACGCUAGCAAACUAUCCCUUCAAAUAUGCAGAGGAGCAAGCCAAGAGCCACCGAGAGGACAGAUGGUCCGACGACCCCUACGAGAGGGACAAGCGACAGGCAGAGUGGAAUUUCCACAAGGACAGUUUCUUCUGCGACGUUCCAAGUGACCGGUAUUCCCGGGUGGUGUUUUCCUCAGCUGACGGGGAGAACAUGUGGAGAAUCCAGUCGAUUAAAUCCAUGUGCAAUAUCGACAACACCAGGAUCCGCUCACACUUCCAGUUUGGAGACCUCUGCCAGAGGACAUCAGCCGCCUCCUGCUGUCCCAGCUGGACACUGGGCAACUACAUCGCCAUCCUCAACAACCGCUCGUCCUGCCUGAAGAUCACGGAGCGGGACGUGGCGCACACCCUGAAGCUCCUGCGCUCCUGUGUCAAGUACUACCACAACGGGACGCUGGGCCCCGACUGCUGGGACGUGGCCACCCGCCGCAAGGACCAGCUCAAAUGCACCACCGUGCCCCGCAAGUGCACCAAGUUCAACGCCGUCUACCAGAUCCUCCACUACCUGGUGGACAAGGACUUCCUCAGCCCCCAGACCCUGGACUACGUCAUCCCAGCGUUAAAGUACAGCAUGCUGUUCAUCCCCACAGAGAGGGGCAAGAGCAUGAUGGACAUCUACUUGGACAACUUUGAGAACUGGAACUGCUCAGAUGGUGUGACCACCAUUGCGGGCAUCGAGUUUGGCAUCAAGCACAACUUGUUCCAGGACUACCUGCUGAUGGACACCUCAUAUCCGGCCAUUGCCAUUGUCAUCGUGCUCCUGAUCAUGUGCGUCUACACCAGGUCCAUGUUCAUCACCCUGAUGACCAUGUUUGCCAUCAUCAGCUCCCUCAUCAUCUCCUACUUCCUCUACCGCAUCGUCUUUGGCUUCAAGUUCUUCCCCUUCAUGAACCUCACUGCCCUCAUCAUCCUGGUGGGGAUCGGGGCAGACGAUGCCUUUGUGCUCUGCGACGUGUGGAACCACACCAAGUUCGACAAGCCGGCGGCCGAGCUGGUGGAGACCAUGGGCAUCACCCUCAACCACGCUGCCCUCUCCAUGUUCGUCACCAGCUUCACCACGGCGGCCGCCUUCUACGCCAACUACGUCAGCAACAUCACGGCCAUCCGCUGCUUCGGGGUGUACGCGGGCACUGCCAUCCUGGUCAACUACGUGUUGAUGGUGACGUGGCUGCCGGCGGUGGUGGUGCUGCACGAACGUUACUUGCUGAACCUGUUCCGGUGCAGGGAGGGUUCGGGGCCGGGCCGCCGUGUCUAUGGGCAGGGAUGGGUGAUGUGGCUGGCCGGCAGGCUGCAGCAACUGCUGACGGCCGCCUCCGACGCCUCGCGCAUCUUCUUUGAGAAGGUGCUGCCCUGCAUCGUCAUCAAGUUCCGCUACAUCUGGCUGUGCUGGUUCCUGGCCCUGACCCUGGGCGGUGCUUACAUCGUCUGCGUCGACCCCAAGAUGAAGCUGCCCUCCCUGGAGCUGGCCGAGUUCCAGGUCUUCCGCUCCUCCCACCCAUUCGAGCGCUAUGACGCAGAGUUCCGCCGGCUCUUUGUCUUCGAGCGGGUGCACCACGGUGAGGAGCUGCACAUGCCCAUCACCCUGGUGUGGGGGGUGGAGCCCCUUGACGCGGGCGACCCCCUGGACCCCCACAACAAGGGCCCGCUGCAGCUGGACCCCUCCUUCGACGUGGCCAGCCCCUCCUCCCAGCUCUGGCUCCUGCGCUUCUGCCAGCGCCUCCGCAACCAGACCUUCUACCGGCAGACGGAGGAGCAGGACUUCACCAGCUGCUUCGUGGAGACCUUCCGCCAGUGGAUGGAGAACCAGGACUGCGAGGAGCCCGGCUCCUACCCCUGCUGCAGCCAGUCCCCCUUCCCCUACCGCCAAGAGGUCUUUGAGCUGUGCAUCAAGCGGGCCAUCAUGGAGCUGGAGCGCAGCACGGGCUACCACCUCGACAGCAAGACUCCCGGCCCCCGCUUCGAUGCCAACGACACCAUCCGUGCCAUGGUGCUAGAGUUCCAGAGUACCUACCUCUUCACGCUGGCCUACGAGAAGAUGAGCCGCUUCUACCGGGAGGUGGAUGCCUGGGUGGUGCGGGAGCUGGAGGGGGCGCCAGCCGGACUGCGCGGAGGCUGGUUCGUCAGUGGCCUGGAGUUCUUCGACCUGCAGGACAGCCUGUCGGGGGGCACGCUGGUGGCCAUGGGGCUCUCUGUGGCCGUGGCCUUUGCCGUCAUGCUACUCACCACCCGCAACCUGGUGAUCAGCCUGUAUGCUAUCGCCUCCAUCGCCGGCACCAUCUUCGUCACCGUGGGCUCGCUGGUGCUGCUGGGCUGGGAGCUCAACGUGCUGGAGUCAGUCACCAUCUCAGUGGCGGUGGGCCUGGCCGUGGACUUUGCCGUGCACUAUGGCGUGGCGUACCGGCUGGCGCCGGAGCCCGACCGCGAGGCCAGGGUGGUCUUCUCCCUCAGCCGCAUGGGCUCGGCCAUUGCUAUGGCGGCCCUGACCAGCUUUGUGGCGGGCGCCAUGAUGAUGCCCUCCACGGUGCUGGCCUACACCCAACUGGGCACCUUCAUGAUGCUCAUCAUGUGCAUCAGCUGGGGCUUUGCCACCUUCUUCUUCCAGUGCCUGUGUCGCUGCAUGGGGCCGCAGGGCACCUGUGGACAGCUGCCGAUGCCCUGCGCAGCUCCCGCCCACGGGCACGGUGCCCGCUGGGAGGCCAAGCCCGCGCCAGGCGGCGGAGGGGCCCGGGCGGAGCGUUACGAGCUGGAGCCCCUGGCCGUGGGCAAGGGGAGGCGGGAGCUAGGUGAAGUGGAGGAGACAGGCGCUGCCACUGACAGCCGGCUCUACAACGGCACCCGCACGCCAGCCUACCAGCCAGCGACAACGGCAGGGACCGACACGAGCCCCUGCCCUCUGCCCGAGAGUGUCACCGUACGGGUUCAUGCCAACCCGCACUGAGGGCACACCUGCAUCCAUGCCCAACACCAAAAACACCUUUUAUAGCACCCCGACACCAUGCCCGGAGCCUCCAACACCUCGCACAAUGACCUGACCCUCUGCCCGAGAGCAUCACCAUACGGGUUCAUGCCAAUCCCUACUGAGGGCCUGACUGCAUCAUGCCCAGCACCCAAACACCUCGCCCAAAACCCUGUCCCUCCACCCACAUGCACGCCUGGCACCCCGUCUCUCUGCCCAGUGUCUGCCUCUGGCCUCUGACCCGGCUCCUCCCACCACCACACACCAGGACCCAGCUGGCGCCGGGGGCACAGGGAGACACCUCCUCCUUCCCCCUCCCUCCAGGACCAUCCACAUUUCUGCCACCCUGCCCUCCCCCUCUCCCUGUUGUACCCCCAUGUCCCCGGUCCCAGAGGUUGAGUCAAGUUUACUGUCACCAGCACGAGCAUGGUGAGGUACAGGUACAAUGAAAGCCUUGCUUGCUGCAGCAUCACAGCCACACUCUUCACUCUACCUUUACCUCAUCAUAUUUGUAGACACAGGAAACUGCAGAUACAGAGAUCUUGAGCAAAACACGAAUUGCUGGAGAAACUCAGCAGGUCAGGCUGCAUCUGUGGAGGGAAUGGACAGACGACGUUCUUCAG